CAUCACCACUGCUGUCACUUUUCUGUCAUAAGUAAAAGUUGUAGUUAAGUUGUUCCAGUCUUCGAAUCGAACUUUGAAUAAAAAACAAACGACCAGACGGACAAGUUUAGUAUUACAAUCGAUUUUAACGAAACAGUUCCAGAAUAUUUUUCUUGAUAUCUGUUAUCGACAUGUAAACUGUUUUACCAAAUAACCAGACCUCACGUCGGGGGUAAAAGGAAUUAAGCGAUUUAAUUUCUAACGAUCUGUAAGCGUAACCUGUAUAAUGGCUGACAAGGACCAAGUGAUUCAAGCUCUGCGUGCGACUCUUAUAUCGGUGAAAGGAGCACUUACAAUAAAACAGUGUAAUCGCGAUUACCGGGAGUUGCAAGGUGAAUGGAUACCCUUUAAGAAAUUGGGUUAUCCAACGCUUGAAAAGCUUUUCCAAGAUGUUCCGGGUUUUAAAAUUUCACAAAUCAAUGGCGAGUGGUACGUCGACGCCAUUGCUAGUCAAGAAACUCAACACAUCGCAUCAAUGGUUGCCAGGCAGAAGUCUACAAAAAAAACUAACAUGAAAUUAAGUCCGAAUCGUUUCCCGAAAAAACAAGGAUCGUGGAGAAAACCAGCGUCGACUUCAAGUUAUCCAUCAAGUUACGACAAGGAUUACUCAAAACAAUUCUACAGAUACAAAUCAAACACGUCCCACAAUAACAAUAACAACACGAAGUUUCAGUCAAAUAAAUAUAACAAAGUAACCGAAACGAAAAACCAACAACCUCAGCAAAUAAAGCAAUCCAGUAAAAUAGAGCACCAAGAAAAGGUAGCGCCUAAUGUACCCAAGAACUACAGCACGGCACCCAGAGACAUACAAAAUGAUAAAUCGAAGCAUUCCACACGUAACGAGAAAGAGACUGAUGUGCGAAUCCCCAAAGUGUCGGCGUCACAGAGGCUGUUGAACUUGAGGGACCGUCUCAACACUGUCGAUGUCAUACCUCUGCAGCUUCCCGCUCACAACAAUUACGUGGAGAACAUGGACCCUGUGACGCAAGUGGUGCCCGCACACAACCUGGAGCCCCCGCCGGAGUCCACCUCCUCGCACGAGAAGCUGGAGUGGACGUGCAGGAAGCUCGGCCUGCCUCAGCCCAUCUACAACCUCUACGACUACAGACCUAAGAAGGGCCCCGUCACCUACGAUUGCACCGUCAAAGUAGGUAACACGUACAGCGCGUCGUCGUACCCGGACUCGUCGCCGUCGGAGGAGAUGGCGCGCGAGGUGGCGGCGGUGAAGCUGCUGGCCGUCAUCGAGGGCUCGGAGGUGAAGGGUCUGCCCACCUCCAGCGCCGCGCGCGCGCUCACCUGCCUCGUCGACCUCGUCGCGGAGCACGAGGCCGGCCUCUGGGCCAGCAUCGUGCCGCACUUGUACAGGGAGAAAUUUAAUGAAAAUCUACCAAAUAACUGGCAAGAAUUGGUGGAGAAUUGUCCCCGAAUAUUAAAAGACAGAGUAGUCAAUGGACUUUUAGUUCUCUUGCCUAAUAACAAGGAGCCGACGACGCCAUUGUACGAUACUACAUUACCCGAUGAGACCAUCGACAGCGACUUACCACCUCUGCAGUUCCCGGAGCAAGACUUCUGGAAUGUUUUCAUCACAGUUGCCAACUCCACGCUCGAAGUUUGGCUUCGGAUUAUUGGAACUGAGUAUAGUAAUAUGUUAGACGCUUUGCUAGCUGAUAUGGGAAAAUAUUACGAACAUUACGGAACUUCUGUUGACAAAUCGAUGAUAAUAAAGAAUGCCUGGUACGCCGUGAACCUCGAGGACGGCGGCUGGCAGCGCGCUAAAGUGCUGGAGAUAGAGAACGAUACCGCGACCGUCUUCCUGGGCGACCACGGAGACGACGACACCGUCAAUAUAAACGAUAUCAAGAUACUCGAGCCGCAGUUCCGGAAACUGCCAGCGCAGGCGAUCCUGUGCCGGCUGGAGGGCGCGGAGGAGCUGGCGGCGAGCGAGACCGGCGCGGCGCUGGUGGCGCGGCGGCUGCCCGGCGAGGUGCUGGUGGCGGCGCCCGGACCCCGCGCCGACCCCGCAGACCCCUCCGUAGCCGUCGUCCUCUACGACACCUCUACGCAGCGCGACCUCAACCUCAACAAGGAGAUCGUGCACGACUUCUGCAUCGCGGGCGCUUUCACCGUCACACAGAAGUUAACGGAGAUGGAGGUGGGGUGCGUGACGGAUGAGGGUCGCGUGUGGGUGUCGCGCGCGGGCGGUGCGGCGCUGGUGCGCAACGCGCUCGCCCUGCUCACCAGCGGCCCCUACCGCCGCCCGCUGCCCGCCGCGCCACACGCUCCUCCCCCACACCCUACGCUCUUCAUCGUGCGAACGCUCGCCGGCGACUGGGUGCGGUGUGUGAUCAUCAGCGAGCUGGACGGCGAGGGCACGGUGCGCACGCAGCUGGUGGACUCGGGCCUGGUGUUGCGCGCACCGCUCUCUUCGCUCGUGCCGCUGCACUCCUUCUCGCCCGCGCUCAACGCCUACCCAUAUCAGGCCAUCCAAGUGCGACUGGGGUCUGCGGAGCGUGUGGCGGCGAGCAUGGCGACGCGGCUGCGCGAGCUGCUGGUGGGCGCGUCGGUGCUGUGCCGCGCCUCGCCCGCGCCCCACUCUCCUCACCCACACCCAUGCCCUGACGUCGAGUUGUACGUCCGCUCCGGGCCCGAACGCCUGCUCGGCUCAGUUAACGACUCCAUACUCAUCGAGUACGAAUAUCUCAAGAAUGCUAAAACGGAGGAAGAGGGGAAGGGUGCCACUGACCACGUGGAGGCACUCAACAAGAAGAAGGAGCGUAUAUUCCGCACGGCGUCGGGCGGCGCGGCGGGCGGCGCGGCGGGCGGGGCGGCGGGCAGAGGACGCAACGUGCUGCCGCAGCCCGUGCUGCCCGCACCCGGCAAAUGCUUCGACGUCUACAUCGCCAUGGCCGCCAAUCCUUGGAACUUUAUAGUGCAGCCGAACACAAACAGGUACACUCUGCAAACGAUGAUGAUGGAGUUGCAGCGUGAGUGCCCCAAGCUGUCAGCUGCCGAGGCGCCUACCAGCCCCGCCAACGGCGAGCUGUUUACUGCUUACUACGAUAAGGACUCAUCGUGGUACAGAGUUACAAUCGCGGGUACGGUAUCGUCAGACAUGGUAUCUAUAUACUUCUGUGACUUCGGCGACUUGGCGCUGUUCGCGAUGAAGGACCUACGGCCGGUGCCCGCCUCCGUGCCCCUGGCGCGCUCGCUGCCCCCGCAGGCAAUAAAGGGCAGAUUGUUCGAUGUGUGCCCACUUUACCAAGACUGGACCGUAGAAGACUGUAUUAGGUUUCAAGAAUUGUGCGUGGAACAACAGUUUGUUGGCAUAUGCAAAGAAGUAAGCAAGGAUCCGUUGAAUCCAAACGAGCCGCUUCUCAUCCUUGACCUUAUUGACACAUCUACUGAUGAAGACAUAUACCUAAACAAACAGUUGGUUGCCGAGGGCAGAGCCAGACUUGCAUCUAAUACCUAAAUAUUUUAAUGUACUGAAAUGUAAGGACUUUGUUAUCUUAUAUCUUAUUUGUUUUGCAUUUUUUUAAUGAGUGAAAGCAGUCGUGUAUGUAUGUAGUUAGACGGCUCUCACUUAAAUUAUUCUGUUAUAAAACAUUAGGUUUGCUUCCUCAUGGUAUAGCCUGUUUACAAUAGAAAUGUAUCUAAUCUUUUAAUGCAGACUUAAGGGGUAUUGGGAAGUUUUUGUUCAACAUUCAGUAAACUGAGGCUGUUUACAUAAUACUCAACACUAAUUCCAUAUUUAUCUUUUAGUAUGGUAUUUUUAAGUGUAUAAUUUUUAAGCAAUAAUCAGUGUUUACUUACAGACAAGCGACUAUAUUCUUAGCAACAAAUACUUGGACUUAUCAGCUAUAUAACUGGUAGUAUUCUAGAAAUACUUAGUGUAUAUAGAACAGAAAAUUAUAUAAAACAUAUAGAUAUUGAUUAUCAUACAUACCGCAUGCUCAUGUAAAAUGUUGGUAAAAAUGUUAAACUUAAAUGAACUUGAUUUAACUUACAAGAGCAGAAUGUUUAAAAAAAUCUAACUUUUUGCAAUAUCUAAUACAACAAAUAGUGAAAGUAGACAAAUCUAUA